AUGAAGGAAAUUGCAAAACAAAAGGCUAACGAGGAGAGGAGAUUAGAAUCUGAGGCUUACAAACUUGCUGAAGACAUUAAGGAAAAAGAUGAAGCUGACAUCACCAACGAACUAGCCGAAGUUGAAUACGUUGAAGACAUUUACAUGUUCUACAAGCUCUCAGAAACCGAAGGCGGGUUACGGGACUACAUGAAUUCAAACUCACAGCCUGAUCUCAAUGCUAAAAUGAGAGCUAUAUUGACCGAUUGGUUGAUUGAAGUUCACCGCAAGCUUGAGCUGAUGCCCGAGAGUCUUUACUUGACCAUCAACAUAGUUGACCGACAAGAUGAUACUGGCGUUGUUCCAAUAUCUUUCGCGAGUUCGGGCAAGUUCGUGAACCUUAGCGCCGUUAUGCUUAGACUGUGUGAGCUGUUUUGGAUGCAAAUUCAACAAAGAAAGACAAAAUCAAUCCUAAAUACGUAUUUUAUGGUUCUCGAUUGGAUUUCAAGUUUACGAGUUUACCUUCUCCGUCGAUUAUUGAAGAGGAUUAGGUGUAGCGCUAAGAGCGAUAACUCUGUAGCGUUGAAGGAAGGGGUUUCGGAAGCAGAAAAGGAAGAUUAUGUGAAAGCGGGUGGAUCGGAACUGGUUUUUGUUCAAAUGCAACAGAAUAAGUGUACGGAGAUGCAGUCUAGGCUUUCUAAAAAGGUGAAUUGUUAA